AUGGCCUCGUUAGAAGAAAGAGCAACAAGCAUGGGCUUAGACAUAGAAAUCCAAAGACGCCUCAGCAUCGAAGAGGUUUCUACAUUUGCAAUUCAGACCACAAACAGUUGGAUGACACCGAUCGUAUCCUUCCUCCAAGACGGACACCUCCCACAAAACGUCGAGGAAGCCAGGAAAGUCAGGAAGAGAGCAGCUAGAUUCACGAUCCUAAAUGACAUCCUGUACAAUAGAGACUUCUUCAUGCCCUACUUGAAGUGUGUCGAUGAAGAGGAAGCUAAGUAUAUCCUAGAAGAAAUCCAUGAAGGGGUUUGUAAGGACCAUGCAGGCCUCAGAUCCUUAGUAAGUAAGGUCAUCAGAUCAGGUUACUUCUGGCCUACCAUACAGGUGGACACAAUGGAGCUCGUCAAGAAGUGUGACAAAUGA